AUGGCCCAAGAGAAGAGAGCAUCAGACUCUCCCGAGAGAGCUGAAGAGAGCACUCAAGCCUUCCACGACGAGAUCGCCAAACUCACCGAGAAUGUCGCCGGCGAAAUCCGCAACCCCCUCAAAGGCAUUCCCCGCGACCAGCUCCUUAAGGAUGUUGCCGAAUUCCAACGGGAAAAAGGCUUACCCGAUAAUACAUUGCCUCUUCUUAGGAAGGGUGCGCUCGUAGCUCAGAGUCCGGCCGACUUUGAGGUUCUUGAGGAACUUGAUGAGGAGGAGAAGGAAGCGUUGCGACAAGAGGUUACUCACAAGUGGAGACAUCCUCGGUCGCUGUAUUACACCAUCUUUCUGAAUUCGAUUGCUGCUGCUAUCCAGGGAUGGGAUCAAACUGGUUCGAAUGGUGCGAAUUUGACCUUUCACGAGGCACUCGGCAUCCCCGACGCUGCUGGUUCAUCCUGUGGACCUGUUGCAAAUGAGGGAGAAUGCGCAAAAAAUAGCUGGAUCAUCGGUUUUGUCAAUGCCAUGCCUUACAUCACCAUCUGUCUCUUUGCUGGAUGGAUCUCAGACCCUCUCAACGACUGGAUGGGUCGGCGAGGCGUCAUUUUUGUUGCCGCCAUCUUUUCUCUUCUUGCGCCUUUCGGCAUGGCCGUCUCGCAAACUUGGGGACAGCUAGCUGCGUGUCGAAUGUUACUUGGUAUUGGAAUGGGUCUUAAGGAAGUAACCGUACCGGUAUUUUCUGCCGAAAACUCUCCCGCUAUUAUCCGUGGGGGUUUGGUCAUGUCCUGGCAGAUUUGGACAGCCUUUGGAAUCUUCCUUGGUACCUGCUCCAACUUAGCAGUUGGGAAAACGGGCGACAUCUCGUGGAGGCUGCAGUUUGGCUCUGCCUUUAUCCCAGCUGUCCCCCUUGUCAUCGGCACGUGGUUCUGCCCAGAGAGCCCGCGAUGGUAUCUCAAGAAGGGCAAGUAUUUCAAGGCCUGGCAGUCACUGCUGAAGCUGCGAAACACACCUGUGCAGGCUUCCCGGGAUCUCUACUAUAUCCACUGCCUCUUGGAGCAGGAAAGGGCACUCGUCUAUGAGUCGGGCUUGAAGGUGACGAGCAAUGUCUUUACUCGGUUUGUCGAGCUCUUCACCAUUCCGAGGAUUCGACGAGCAACAUGGGCGUCUGGAACUGUCAUGAUUGCCCAGCAGAUGUGUGGCAUCAAUAUCAUCGCCUUUUACAGCGCAACAAUCUUCAAGGAGAGCGGCAUCAGCGACUACACCGCUCUAUGGGCCAGCUUUGGGUUCGGGGUCAUCAAUUUUAUCUUUGCAUGGCCUGCUGUUUGGACCAUUGAUACGUUUGGGCGAAGGACUCUUCUGCUGUUUACCUUUCCAAACAUGUUUUGGACUCUCCUCGCUGCUGGGCUUUGUUACUUGAUCGAGCCGAGCGUGGAAAACAGUAGUGCUCGAAUUGCUGCUGUGGCCACAUUUGUCUAUCUCUUCUGUGCCUUUUACUCGCCAGGAGAGGGACCUGUCCCGUUCAUGUACUCGGCAGAAGUCUUUCCUUUGUCUCACCGAGAAGUCGGAAUGUCCUGGGCCGUGGCGACAAACAACUUCUGGGCUGCGGUUUUGUCGCUCACCUUUCCGCGAAUGCUCAUCGCCAUGACGGCCACGGGAGCCUUUGGGUUCUAUGCAGGUCUCAACCUAGUCGCACUGGUACUAAUCUUCCUCUUUGUGCCCGAGACGAAGCAGAAAACUCUUGAGGAGCUUGACUAUGUGUUUGGGGUGCCUGAUCGGACUCAUGCAAAGUAUCAACUCAAGACGGUGUUGCCGUGGUGGUUCAGGAGGUGGAUUCUGCAGCACAAGGGUGAGGUUUGCCCUGAUUUGUAUCAUGAUGAGACGUCGCAUCAGACUCGGCCUGGACAGGCGUAA